UAUAAAGCGCAGGUCGCGGUGUUCGCGGGCUGCCCCCGCUUCUGCUGCUCCCGUCGCUUUCGGGAGGCAGUGGCGCAGCUGUGCUCCCGCGCCGCCACAGUGGUGCUGGUGCACAACUUCAACAGCCUGUGGGACCUUCUCGCCCUGUUCCCGGCGCUGGACACCCUCUACCUGCUGCACGACCUCGCGGUGCACCAGCAGUACUUGACGCCCUCCGCGAAGGACGACGGGCUGCCGCACGCUCUAGCAAAUGGCGAGUCGGGUGACUGUGCCUCGCUGUCGCCGGUGCGUACCAGUCUUCGGCUCUUGUACGGUGACUGCAACGCCCUGCGCCUGAACCACCUGUUCCUGGGCACCGGGGCGGCCUUCAGCCUGGCGGAACAAUGCGCAAAGCUGACCGAGCUGGAGGCCAGCAUUGUGGAGCAGGCGACCGGCGCAUCACCAAAGCUCCCCGAGUUCGAUGCGGAGGCCGGAGCCCUGCGGCAAUGGAGCAGCCUGGUGCUGGGCUGCGCGCUACCCACCAAGGAGGUGUACGUGUCGGCGGACAUCGUUUUGGAGGUGGCUAAGCGUUGUCCCGUGCUCCGCCACCUGCAGAUCAUCGCGGCCACCGAGGCGGCCGUCUACAGCGCUGGCGCAUUCCAGGAGCUGCGGUCCCUGUCGGCGCUGUUCUGCUCGGCUGACGGCUCGUCGCCGAAAAGGUGUCGCUACCGCGCCGUUUCCGCCGUGCUGUCCAAGUUCUCGCUCGAGGCCCUCUGCUUGCGCGCUUUCUCGGGCGUCAGCCUGACCGGGCUGGCGACCAGCUGUGCCCGACUGCGCCGACUGCAGCUGGUCGACUGCGAACUGUGCGACCUCGACCUGCUCGACGACGCGUUCCCCCAGUUAGAGGAGCUAGAGGUGAGCUACGUGCCGCCGAAGGGUCUGGUGCGGCUGAUCGCCGCCUGUCCGAACCUGAGGUCGCUGUCGAUCCUGGACCGGGGCGCCUCGUUCUGCUUCCUACGCGAGGCCUCGUGUCCCAAGGCGGGACGCCUGACCAAGCUCGAGCAGCUGGCGCUGAACGCCGACCGGUCGCUGAGAGACAUGGGGCUCGAGGAGCGCGACCUGCGCAUGACCGUGGAUGCCCUGCCCGCCCUGACUCGCGUCGCCGUCGACUCGUACGAGGCGCGCCUCUUCCUGAGAGUGUACGCGCCCAACCUGGAGCUCGGCUGGUCGUCGUGCGCCAUCUGCGCGGCCAAGUUCCCGCUGUGGAACAAGGAACUCGAGGACCCGUGGGCGCACGCGCAGAAGUCCCCGGACGGCUGAGACCUCUCGCGGCAGGGCGCGGAACUAGCGCGGAAGAAAGGCCUGGACACGAUGCACAGGGAUUGAUUGCAUAAGACCCAAUAUGCUGCAGUGCGUGUUGGUGCAUGAAGUUUACUUUAGCGCGAAGCGUAUGACCGCAAGGAAGUUCGAUUGCCCGUCUGUGCGUCUCUCUAUAUCUUUCUCUUCUUUUUUUGCGGCAACAUGUUUUCGCGGUGGUCUAGUCAAUGAUUUCGCUUAUAUCGUUUUUUUUUGUCGUUUGUUCGUCGCAAAGCGAGAAGCACUGCCGUACCUAAUUGAAAAUAUUUAGAUAUGAAUAAGAGUGGGGCGUCGGGCGCUGACUAGGGAAAUACUAUACAGUGAUAGCUAGAAUAUGAGUUCUCCCAGACUCCUUGUUUGUGUCAGCGUUGAUACGUUUUAAAGUUUAUACCGCUGCAAAUGCGUGACAUUGUUGACGACGAGCACAUUAUUAUGUAGCGCAGGAUUCCGCAGACCAUCUGGUCAUUAAUUGUACGCGUCUUUCGAACCUUUCUUUGAAGCGUCACAUCUAGUCAUUGUGUCGUUGGGGUAGUCGAUGUGUACUGCUUGAAAUACACACGCGAAUAACAGCGAUGCACUCGGCUUGGCGAAGAUGCCGAAGAUGAAAAAAGAACGUGUGGAGCUGUGGAGCGCGGACGAUUGGGCACUAUACGACAAAACUUGGAUGCAGCUGGCGUGGAAUUCUUGUAAAGAUGUCCAGAAUGAUGAGUUGUGAUAGCAUACUGAAUAUAUGUUUACCUCCGCUCUUUUUUCAUACCGAGGAGUGCCUUAAACUUAGGUUGAACGUGUAGUAUGCUUCAAAGUUGGAGCGAACACGUAGUUUGCAUUUCCAAUCAAAUACCGCGGGUUGGCAACACAGUAAACUAAUACGGUUGCUAUAUAGUCAGUCCAAAGUGCGUGUCUGUCGCUCUUUUCUGUGUGUUCAUUGCUGGUCCUGCAGAAUCCGAAUUAUGCUACACCAACUGGCCCAAGUUUCUGCCGUAUCGACAUUUUAUAGAGGGGAGGGGGCAGCGGUGCCGCGAAUAAGAUAUAACAUGUGAUGUUUUCUAAUAAAUCACUUUUUAGAAGCACCUCCUCGUCG